AAUGAGCAGAGAGUCAGGGGAAAGAGGGCGACAACAAAAACUGUUGGCGUUCCACAUGUCGGCAAACUAACUCCACCGUCACCUCACCAGAGUCAAAGCGCUGCGUCGGCAAGGACCGAAGACUCCGAGCAAAGACCGAGGGGUGACCCACCAACGCCGCCGAGGAGCGACGCGAUCAUGGGCUCCGCUUCGUCGUCCUACAGGGUCAUAUACCUGGACGUGGACGGCAGAAUCCAGAAGGUGGUAUUCAGUCGAUUCUGCAGCCCAUGUGACAUCAAAGAGCUGUUUUGUACAGCCCUGGGUGUGCCAAGGAACACCAACCUGUCUCUGCUGGAUGCUUCUGGAGCCAUGGUGUCUAUUGACCCUACCAUGCCACACAACACAGAAAGGUCACCAUACCGAGUAGUGCCUAUGACCGGAGGACAGCUUGCUGACAAAGAAGAACUGUUCCAGAAUGUACUCACACAAGUUGCUGAGCAGUUUUCCCGGGCUUUCAAGAUCAAUGAGCUGAAGACUGAAGUCACUAACCGUCUUGCCAUGCUGGAGAAGCGGGUCGAGUUGGAAGGAAUGAAGGUGGUGGAGAUAGAGAAAUGUCGCAAUGACAUCAAGAAGCUCCGUGAGGAGAUGGCAUCCAGAAACAACAGUAACUUCUUGGAAGACAUUAAGAAGCUAACCCCUCGCAGGGACGUGCCCUCCUAUCCCAAGUAUAUGCUGUCACAGCAGACCAUAGAUGCCCUCAAAAAACCCGCCUUUGACGUCUGGCUCUGGGAGGCCAAUGAGUAUCAUUUGUCUAAGGAGACAGUAGAAGCUCUUAGAUUGCCUACAUUCGAUGCUUGGCAGUGGGAGCCUAAUGAGAUGCUGAGCUGUCUGGAACAUAUGUACCAUGACCUGGGUUUGGUCAAAGACUUCAACAUAAACCCCAUUACACUGAAGAGAUGGCUGCUUUGUAUUCAUGACAACUACAGGAAUAACCCCUUCCACAACUUUCGCCAUUGCUUCUGUGUCACCCAGAUGAUGUACAGUAUGAUCUGCCUCUGCAGCCUACAGGAGAAAUUCACUCAGGUGGACAUUUUGAUCCUCAUGACGGCUGCCGUGUGUCAUGAUCUCGACCACCCUGGAUUCAACAACACGUACCAAAUCAAUGCCAGAACAGAGUUAGCCGUUCGUUAUAAUGACAUCUCUCCUCUGGAGAAUCACCACUGUGCUGUGGCUUUCCAGAUCUUCUCUCAACCUGACAGCAACAUUUUCUCGAAUUUUGAUCCAGAAGCCUUCAAGCAGAUUCGACAGGGAACUAUUACAUUGAUCCUGGCCACAGAUAUGGCACGGCACGGUGAGAUUCUGGAGUCCUUCAAGCAAAAAGUGGACAGCUUUGACUACACCGAUGAGGAGCAUGUCACCUGUCUGAAGAUGGUGCUAAUAAAGUGCUGUGACAUUUCCAAUGAAGUGCGGCCCAUGGAGGUGGCUGAGCCCUGGGUUGACUGUCUGCUUGAGGAGUACUUCAUGCAGAGUGACAGGGAGAAGACUGAAGGGCUUCCUGUGGCUCCGUUCAUGGAUCGAGAAAAGGUUACCAAACCGACAGCUCAGAUCGGCUUCAUCAAAUUCGUCCUCAUUCCCAUGUUUGAGACCGUAAUGAAGUUGUUCCCCCAGAUAGAAGAGGCAAUGGUUCAGCCCCUCAGAGAGUCGAGGGAUCGAUAUGAAGAGCUCAAACAGAUCGACGAUGCCAUGAACGAGGUGCAGAAAAAGAAAAAUGAAAACCUGACGAUGGGAGGAAAGAAGAAGUAAAAGCUGUGCGAUGGUCUCGCAAAGAUUUGCGUCAGUGUCUUCUACGCACUUCAGCCUGAGGAAGAACCGGCAAUACUGCUUCACAUCUUGGACAAUCGUCGAUAUUUAGCCUCGAGUGAUGAAAUAAUUCCGACGUGUUACCAAUUACUGAUGAACUCAGUGGACACCUUUCGUUUUUUAGGGAAACAUUCAUUUGUACAGGUGAACGAACUUUAGAUACAAUUUACAUUUUCUUUUUUAAAAAUAUUUGAAGUGUUUUUUUUACAGAUUGUACAGUUUUAGUGACUUUUGUUCUUUCCUACAAAAAAUGAAUAAAAUGACAAAUUACAAAAUCAUUAACUUUCAUUUUUGUAUUGUAUUGUUUUGUCUUAACGGAAUUGUGGGUUUUUUAACUGCAGCUGCCGUUAGAGUCCUGCUAUCUGAGGGGGUUACGUUUCGAGACAACUCGCAGAUAGCGGAAAAAAAUGGGACGAAUUGAGGCGCCCAUAAAAAUGUUUAUUCUCGAGACUCUAAUAAAGCGAUACUUUGCAUGCACUAAGUAUGAUGGUAGACUUUAGCUUGUAAGACAGCGUAAGAAAAUGUGAGAAUGGGUUUAAGAAAAAAUACGGCUUCCCUCAGUCCUCCUCCUCGACACAAGCAAGUGCACCCUCUAAGGCAGGGAUGUCCAAAGUGUGGCCCGGGGGCCAUUUGUGGCCCGCGGCUGUGAUUUUAUCGGCCCGCAGCACAGUCUAAAAAUGUAAUUUAACAGGGAAACUUCAAUCAAAAGUCUGAAAUAUUAAAAAGAGUUGUAAUCUAGCAAGGAAAAAACACAAGAAUAAAGUCAUUUCAUUUUCGUAGCAUGAAGUUGAAAUAUUAAAGAAAAAAAGUUUGUUUGUUUUUAAAGUGAAAAACAGUGAAUAAAGUUGUAAUUUUUUGCAAACUUAGGUUGGGGGAAAAUUUAUAACGUGGGAAUAAAGUGAAAAUAUUAGGAGAAGAAGAAAGUUAAAAUAUUCGGAAAAUUAUAAAAAAAAAAUCAACAGCAGAAAUUGAAAACAGCACAAAUUUUACCAGAGUAAAGUCAAAAUAUGAAGAGUAAAAAAUAGUUUCCUAGUGAGAAAAAAAAGUUAUAAACUUUAUAAAAAAAGUAAAAAAAAAAAAAAGAAUAAACUUGUAAUAUGAUGAAAAAUAAAAUUUUUGUGACAAUGUUGAAAUAAAGAAAAAAUAAAUUAUUUUUUUUAAAAGAUAAAAAAUAUGGGAAUGAAGUUGCAACUAUUGGAAAAAACAGCUGUCAUUUUUACGGGAAUAAAGUCAAAAUAUUAAGAAAAAAAAGUCAUACUCGAAUGAAGAACAGAAGUAGCAAUUUUACAAGAAUAAACUCGUAUUAUUAUUGGAAAAAACAUCAUUUUUUAGUAGCAUUUCACCUAACCUGCUUUUUCUUGAGCUACGUAUAGCUUCUUAGCAUAUCUCCAUGUGUUGGUUAACAAAAUAUCAGAGUGGCCCUUGCAUCCUUCCAUUUUUUAGUACGUGGCCCUUGCUGGAAAAAGUUUGGACACCCCUGCUCUAAGGCUUCCAUGUACGUAAGUGCACACACCCACCUGUGCCCCUCUGCACUCAUGCAGAAGAAAACCUAAACCCGUCUCCUCCACACCAGCCCGAUUAUCGCCACCCAGAAUAAUUAUUAAAAGAUAAGGAUCUCGUCACACGAGAUCUCGCGAGACUUAAAUGUGACGAGAUUUCUCGUUAGGUGAAAAGCUGUAUUGUGAGAACGGCGCAGCCAGAAGCCAAUCAGACUUAACUAUGGCUUUGCUACUAUGAAUUUGUUUAUUUUCAGACUGAAACAAAUGCGUGAGACACGAACAACAUAUGUUAGCCAAUCAAAAUGAUGUUUAUCUUCUCUUAAAAUAAAUGCUCCAUUCCAACGGUGAAUUCAUGUGGACGACACAUCCACCACAGCUUCCAGCAUCUCUUUCCUGGCCUUCUUCUUGCCGCCGUCUUUCUGUCCCAUGCUCCUCCUCUUCUGCUGCUGCUCCGCCAGUCUGUGUUGUUUCUUCUCCAGGUAUUCUGCCACGUUAUCAAAAGUCUCCUUGUACAGAUGCUCAAAGCGACUGCUGGUCCGAGCUGAAGCUGUUGGGUAAGAAAACAGAUGAUUGGUUGUAGGACCAGUUGCAAGCCAAACGCACACAAGCUAGUCCUGUGACGCAAGUCUCACUGAGAGACUGGUAAGGAUUGCUGCGGAAAGCAUCAGAAGCCAAACCUUUUUGAGGCAUACGCUUCCUGAUUUCUUUAGUUUCUCAAAUAUGCGACUUUUAAGAGCUUGGUUCAUAUUUGGUUUCUAUCUUCACAAUGACAGAAGGAAACAUUUGUCAGCGUGUGGACUCACCAUCAAGACUCUGCCAGUGGGGCUUGAAGGCCUCAGUCACUCGUUUGAGUUCAGGGCUUUCCGCUUCACGCUAGACGACAGCGCAGGGAAUAGAACAGAAUAGAAAGAGAAUAGAAUAGAAUAGAAAAUUAAUCAUUUCCCUUUCUUUUGCACCUUAGCUGGCUUAAAGCCUCUACAGAAGUCUGAACGGACUUUACCAAUAAGCACGUUCGAUGUGUCCUUUCAGAUCAUUUAAGGAUAUCCAGUAGCAUCGUUAUUUUAUUAUGACUUUGACUUCAUACAGUGGAUCUUAAAUAUAACAAGAUAUGACUGAAAUGUAUUCGUUUCCAUUGAUUGUGUGACACUGAUUAAUUAACGUCCCAGGCCGAGUGCCCACGAGACUUUUUUUUAAAUUUCUGAACGAGAAAUCUUGUCACAUUUUAAUCUGACAAGAUCUUGUGACACCCCUACUACUCGCAGAUUCAUAGGUGGAAAUGCUAAUUCGGAUACAUGACAUGUCGGGUACCUUCCAAGAGCUUUGCUCAAGCUUAUAAAUUUGUAGCAGAGUUUCACAGGAAUCCAUCAGCACCCAAAGCCGACCUUCUGGGUCAAAGGCCAUAUCCAAAGGACAGAAGGGUAGGGAAAGCCUGCUGUGAGGCACAAAUUUCUUCUCUUCAUCGUCCUGGUGCAGCGUGAAAAACUGAAUCGUUGACACUCUGAGGUAACACAUGGAAACAUCUCACUGAAAGGUCAGGCAUCCGAAAACAUGCGAACAUUGCAAGCAUAAUGACGGCAUAAACUAUCCACAUUUACAUCUAAGGUUAAUUCAUUUUCUUAUUGUUAGCUAUUCUUAGAAUCAAGAGUCCAACAUUCCAUUGACAGUCAUGUGGGUGUUUCAACUGAAAAUAAUAGUAGAACUUAGCACAUGUAUGUGUAAGACGAUUUCCCACACGGCCAAUGACGACAGCGUUCGCCACAUUCAUCUCAAUUUAGCGAGAUUUUGCACUACGGCUCACAUUCACAUUAUAAAAAUGUGACUGAAUGGAUUGUUGUUACAUCAUCAGCCAGCAGAGGGCAUCAAGGUGCUUACACUUCACAUACAAAUAGAAGUAGGACUGCAAAUGUUUUUCAGUUUAUACAAGUAAAUAAAUAACUGCGACUAAGAAGUAUUUGAAAGUGAAAGUGAAUUAUUCGCUUCUUUUUCUUGUUAUUCUCCAUGAACCUCAGCGCACGUCACUGAGCAACAACCACCAACUUGCUCGACAGCACCGCGCACGGAGGGAGUGUGAUCACACAGAACGACAGUCUGACUCACUCACGGCACAUCUGAGGAGUUGAAUGACAGCACCUGGACUUGGACCUGGAUGAGAGGUGUGACACCUUUAAGAAAAUCAAGCCAGUCCAGUUGCUCGGAUUCAGCUUCUCCGAUAAACAAAAAGUACAAUUCCAAAUAGACCAACUUAAUGUUUUUCUGAUUAACUCAGCUGGUAAGUUUAAAAAUAACAAUAAUAGGUCUAUUUCUGUGUUACGUUCUUGCUCUACAGGGGCGUGUCCCCUUCCUGAAGUCUUGAGUUUUUGCAUGUUUGUCACACUUAAAUGUUUCACAUCAUCAAACAAAUGUAAAUAAUAGUCAAUGACUACACAACUGAACACAAAAUGCAGUUUUUCAAUGAAACUCAUUAUUAUUAAGGGGAAAAAAUCCAAACCUACAUGGCCCUGUGUGGGAAAAGUGAUCGCCCCCAAACCUAAUAAGUGGUUGGGCCCCCCUUAGCAGCAACAACUGCAAUUAACCGUUUGCGAUAUCUUGCAGUCUCUUACAGCGCUUUUUCUAAGGUCAGUAGGACUCAGGUCAGGACUUUGACUAGGCCGCUCCAAAGUGCCAUUCAGAGGUGGACUUGCUGGUGUGUUGUGGAUCAUUUUCCCGCUGCAGAACCCAAGUUUGUCUCAACUUGAGGUCACAAACAGAUGGCCGGACAUUCUCCUUCAAGAUUGUUUGCUAGACAGCAGAAUCCAUGGUUCCAUUUAUCACAGCAAGUCUUCCGGGUCCUGAAGCAGCAAAACAGCCCCAGACCAUCACACUACCACCACCAUAUUGUACUGUUGGUAUGAUGCUCUUUUUCUGAAAUGCAGUGUUACUAAGACCAGAUGUAAUGGGGGACACACACCUUCCAAAAAGUUCAAUUUUUGUCCUGUCAGACCACAGAGUAUUUUCCCAAAGGUGUUUGGGAUCAUCAAGAUGUUUUCUGGCACAACUGAGAUGAGGCUUAAUGUUCUUUUUGUUCAGCGGUGGUUUUUCGUCUUGGAACUCUGCCAUGGAGGCCGUUGUCGCCCAGCGUCUUUCUUAUGGUGGAGUCAUGAACACUGACCUUAACUGAGGCAAGUGCGGCCUGCAGUUGUUUGGAUGUUGUUGUGGGGUCUUUUUGCUUGGCCAGCCACUCCUGGGAAUGUUCACCACUUGUGGAUGAUGAUCACCAUGGUUCUCUGGAGUUCCAAAGCUUUAGAAACGGCUUCAUAACUUUUUCCAGACUGAUAGAUCUCAAUUACUUUUGGUUUCCUUUGUGCAUUCAGUUGUGUUGUCAUUGACUAAUAUUUAAAAUUUGUUUGAUGAUCUGAAACAUUUAAGUGUGAAAAAAAAAAAAAAAAAAAAACAUCAGGUAGGGGGCAAACACUUUCCUUUCCGUCCGGCUCAAGCUUGGCCAAGUUGCCCGUAAACAUGGUACGCACCCGCGGUGGCGUAGCAAGCAAAUAGCACAGAUGCGAGGUGCAUUCAGGGACAUCGAAUCAUUGCACAAUUUUUUUUGCCGAGACCGGCGACCAACUGAAAACGGCUCCGGUCGCAACCCACUAGGUGAAAAUCACUGAUGUAAAAAAAUAUGCGGCAGAAAUGAUAUAAAUUUGGCCUACGAUACAGAAUUUAAUUUUAGACACUACUAGCAAGGUGUGCUGAGAUGAAGUACUGUAGGCCCUUACAGUCAUCACAAAGGGAACGCCUGUUCCGGCAACCACACGGAGUGAAGCGCACUCACCUGUCACACUGUACAGCUAUGUGACACCCAUCAGGAGAACUGGUUAUUUGGCAAACAGUUAGCUUCUGUUAAAAAACACAUUAGAAUGGAUUAGAAAGUAAUGUAGUACUUGUUCAUGUUGAUAGUUAAUAAUAUGCAGGGUUUUUUCAGUGUUUUAUUUUGUUAAUCCUUACACCUAUGUGAAAAAGAGUCACUUCAGGCCAACUAUAUGGUAUCAAAUGUUUGAUGUUUUGUUGAUGACCUGCAUUUUGGUUUGUUGUUUCAGGUGCUGAUAAAACACACUGAUAUUGGAUACGGUCUUUUGAAGUCUUAAAAGUCACAUUACAUCUCAAAAUCUGAAUCAGGCUUUAAGAUCUGCUUUGAAGGGCGAAAGAACACCCUAGACCAGGGGUGUCCAAACUUUCUCCACCAACGGCCACAAACAGAAAAAACACGUAUGAUACUUUACUAUUCUUCACCUUUUGUUUACUUAAUAACAUGCUGAAGCCAAUUCAAUGCAGGUGAAAACAUGUUAUGCAGAUUAACAUCUUUAAAGAAAAAAAAAACAGCCCACAUCUCACUCGGACGUUGGACACACCUGCCCUGGACAGAUACAGUAGUUAUCCUCACUUUCUCUGAGUCGGAGCCAAGUCCCUCUUCGAGCUGUUGCAGGUCCCAACUAUGCAACUUCUUCCCUGACGUGAAAUCCCACAGCUUCAUGGUCCCAUCCUACAAUUACAAACACGCUUUAAACAGUACAGGAAUCCAAACAUUAGCCCUUCAAUCUUCUGUCUGUCUUGUUGGCUUUGCGCCUCGAGCCAUUCGUUCCAGCUUCUACGUUCUUGCGGAAAGAUUGCCUCUAGCCUGUUCUUUUGGAUUCACCUCUUGACUCAUCCCUGUCUGAUGCCCUCACGCUCCUUUCAGGAGUUCUACAUCGCAGUUGAGCGCAUGCCAUGCAAUCCUCCGCUGAAGUGUUUUCUGGUGCGUUGUUUUGUUGCUAUGAAUGCUGACAACUAAAGGCAGUCGGACUGAGACUGGAAGUAAUUGAUGUUACAACGCUUUGAUUGCAAAUGUUGAUCCAAAAUCGGUGGCAAAAGCAUUUGUGAAGGUGGGCUGAAUGAGUCAUAUCAACACAAGAUUACACAAUUACAGCCAUUAGGGUCCACAUCAGCACGAUGAAAGGUUACAUUUGGUGUACGUCACAGUAGGCAAGGUGGUUUUGAGAGGAAUGACACAGCUAUAUAAAGAUAUAUAUCUAUAUAUAUUUGAAAUAUAUACUUUCAAUUUUUCAUGUUCCUCAAGAUCCAACAGUGCAAAAUGUAAAUUCUUGCAAUUUUUGGUCUUGAAAUUUUGAUCAGGUGUGUAUACACACACGCACACGCACACACACAUCCUGUCUACAACAAAUAAACAACAUACAAACGUACCCCUGAUCCCGACAGCAACCAGUGUGGAUGACCUGAUGGCACCAGAAGAGAGCUAACAAACCUAAAACAAAAAAACAUAAAACAUCUGAUUCGAGGAAAAAGGAGCAAAGAACUUCAAAACCCAGAGCAAGAAGGUUUGGCGCGGGAGGAGCGAGCUAGUGUAGCAUAUGGAAGCACCUCGAUGCAGAAGCGGAUGGCUUACAGUUUGUUUCCAUCUAUAGAUCUACCAGAAUAGUUGACUAUUCCACAAUUAGAUUCGG